GUGCAGAAAGCUGCACGAUUGGCAGCAGCGGAAGCAAAGGUGGAAGCUGCCGCCCGCAAAGAUGCGGCGGAGCUGAAGCGGGGAGGAGUGCCCAUCCCGCCUGGAUUCAAAGGGGCCGCCAAGUCAUACACCUUGGCAGCAGCAACAUACCACGACGAGAACUCGGAUGCCAGCUCGAUCAGUGUUCUGUACUCUAUCUGA